CCGACUCGAUUGAAACCACAGGAGCUCCAACCCCAGCAAAAGAAUUUCAAAAGGAUAGCCGGCUAAGGUGAAAAUCGACGAUAUGGCUUUUUUGAAAGUUAUUUUGGCAACAUUUUGUUGCUUUGCUGUCACGAGUGCUGACUUAGUGGGAAAGUUUAUAUUUCAUGGAAGCGAUAUUAACCAGGAAAAUGUACCUACCUUAUCAGUUCUACACCAACCAGAUUCUAUCCAGUUUUCACCAAACCCUGGACCAAUACCAUCCAAUGAAGUUUCUAGUGUGUUAUCACUCUCGCUAGGACUGUCUAUAGACAAGGAUUUGAAGUGGUCAGGUUUGCAAGCAGGAAGUUUGUUUGAUAGACCCAAAGCUGUUAUGAUGUUUUCUGUAGAUAGUGUACCAAGAAGUGCCAAUUUAAUGAUGACCAAAGCAACAUUUUCUAUCCAAAUGGUUGAUGGUGAUUCCAGCAUUGCUGAUUUCUAUGGUUUAUCAGCUACUUCAUCUUUUCCAAAUCAUGUUAGCGCCAUUUUUGAUGGCAAGUCCACGACUGUCUCUGUUGCUGCUGAUGCGAAGAUUUCAGCUGGUGGGUAUAGUCAAGGCGAUGCAAGCACCACUGCUUACUGGAGUGAUAUGUCAUCAAGUUGGAAAGUGAUUAAUGGAAAUGGGGAUACACAUGAAACGUUAUCUAAACAUCAGAUCUUAAAAAGGAUACCUCUGGUUUUGCCUACCGGAUUCACAUAUAAUGCAGAAGAAAAUGUUGUUCCUGUAAACACGAAGGAGUUGCAGUUCAACUUCAACUUAGAAAGCAAGGCUGACUUCAACUUCUUCUCCGAGCUUGUUUACAUUUUGUGGCAAGCAGAAGAGAUCGAUGCAAACCGUAAAGGUGUGAAAGAUGGUUCACCAGAUGUAUAUUUGUUUGCUGUUUCAUCUUUGAAGGAAUUGGAGUUACAGUAUUCAUCAAACUCGAAACAAGUCAAAGGUGCUCUUGCAAUCUUGGAAAAGUUUAUACCUAAGAUUGUGAAGAAUUUUGUUCAGCUUUACGGUGGAAAUAUUUUGGUUGCUGGUAUUACUGUUCCUUCCGAAUUAAGUUUUAUCCAAGAAAAGAAAAAGGACGUCAACAACGUCAUUUCUAGCCUGCAAAAACACCGUCAAAAUUUUCACGACGUUGAGAAUCUUAUGCCAGAAUUACAUGCUGUUGACGAACUCGAACAUAAAGCACGUGUUAAACUUUGCGAAUCUAUACAAGGAUCGAUUGCAAAUUUUGGUGUUUCUUUACGGUUUAAAUGCGCCAGUGAACCUGAAGUACAUAAAGUUUCAAGACGUUCUCUGUUAGCAGCAACGGAUUCGAAGAAGAAGGACCUCAAUCUUAGCUCCAAUUAUGACGAUAUGUUUGCAGUUAUCUUCAAUAUUUGGUUUUGGUUACUCGUUCUCCUUGCGCUAUCUGUUUACGCUGUCUCAUUAGCACUAUGGAACAUGGACCCUGGACGAGAUAGUAUUAUUUAUCGGUUAACUCAACAAAGAAUUAAAUCCGAUUAAUUUACAUAUCUACUAACAAAUGAUUAAAAAAAAUUGACCAGUUGACCACAAUUUGUCGUGGUUCAUAUUUGAAUGUGAUAUGAAUAUGUCUUUCUGAUUAUUUCUUCUCUCCUUUCUUUUUUAAUAAACAUUCGAGUAUUCCUUGUAAAUUCACAAAAAUGUUUUUUCUUCUUUUUUUCAAUAGAAAUUAAAUUCUAAAAUUUUGUUACACUUUUAUUUUUUAUGAAAUAUAACUUAAAAUUAAUUGAAA